AUGCUGUUCUCACGAGACUUUAUUCCCACCAUCUUGGCUCUGGCCUUGUCCGCAACGCGCGUUGAGGCCACAAUUGCUGUCGGGACCGCCGCAGGAUUUAACGUGAUGUGGGUUGAUGGUGCCGACCCCUGCCGCUGGACUCGUAUCAACGAUCAAGGCGAGAACCCAUGCGGCGUCCAUCUCGCCAACCCGCUCGAUAACGGGCACAAGUACGUGCUGCAGGGCUGCGGCGGGCCAAUCUGGCUGGACAAUGAUGAUGGCUCCUUUAACAGCAACUGCCAUGAUGCCCCGGCCAACCUCGCCUGUAACGUGCACCGGAGCCUCCUCUGCUACUAG